CGCCCCUCCUCUCUUAACGGUUACAUACUGAACCCCUUUAUAAGCAAGCAAAGAAGUCUUCUUGAAUCUUGAGAGUGACUAUUUUUGUUUGAGGAAGUUAAAAAGGGAAGAAGAAGAGAUGGACGCGUUCGAGAAGCUAGAGAAAGUAGGAGAAGGAACGUACGGGAAAGUGUACAGAGCAAGGGAGAAGGCGACAGGCAAGAUCGUAGCCCUUAAGAAGACUCGUCUUCACGAGGACGAUGAAGGCGUGCCCCCAACAACUCUGCGUGAAGUCUCCAUUUUGCGCAUGCUCUCUCGUGAUCCCCAUGUUGUUAGAUUGCUGGAUGUCAAACAAGGCCAGAACAAAGAGGGCAAGACAGUGCUCUACCUGGUUUUUGAGUACAUGGACACCGAUCUUAAGAAAUUCAUCCGGAGCUUCCGCCAAACUGGAGAGAUUAUUCCUGCUAAAACUGUGAAGAGCUUGAUGUACCAACUUUGCAAAGGUGUUGCUUUCUGCCAUGGGCAUGGAAUCCUACAUAGGGAUCUUAAGCCUCACAAUCUCUUGAUGGAUCGAAAGACUUCAAUGCUUAAAAUAGCAGAUCUUGGACUAGCUCGAGCAUUUACUCUUCCAAUUAAGAAGUAUACUCAUGAGAUAUUGACCCUUUGGUACAGAGCUCCAGAAGUCCUUUUGGGCUCUACCCACUAUUCUACUGCAGUGGAUAUGUGGUCUGUUGGCUGUAUAUUUGCCGAACUUGUUACAAAACAAGCACUUUUCCCAGGAGAUUCUGAACUACAGCAGCUGCUGCAUAUUUUCAGGUUAUUAGGUACUCCGAACGAAGAAAUAUGGCCAGGAGUGAGUGCCCUGGUGAACUGGCAUGAGUACCCGCAAUGGAACCCUCAAAGUCUGUCAUCAGCUGUCCCUAACUUGGAUGAGAAUGGGCUUGAUCUGCUUUCACAAAUGUUGCAGUAUGAACCCUCAAAGCGGAUCUCAGGAAAGAAGGCUAUGGAACAUCCUUACUUCGACGAUGUGGACAAGAACCGCCUCUAAAGAAAAGUGUGUGCACUAGUAUUAGAGAUUAGGGUUCUUACUUUGAUAUCUCAGGAACAGUAAAGGGAUUCCUAUAUAGCAAAGUCUAUUUGCUUCUUCCCCCAAGAAUAUUUUUAAGUCAUGUUAAAUUUGUUUUAGGGAUGGAUCGCCUUGCGCCUUAAUAUUGAUUGACUAUGGAUUUGCUUAUUCCACAAAUCGCAAAUCGCUCUACUACC